UAUGUUUCGUUCUACAUCGAUGUUUUGGGGUACACAGGCCGCAAGAAGAAAAAGGACAAGGGCGGUCAGGUGUACCUGAUGAUGCUCAAGGGAGGUCUGCUGGCCUUAGCGUACAAGGGUCUGGCACUGUUGGCCGGCAAAGCGCUGUUGGUGAGCAAAAUCGCGCUCACGCUGGCCAUUUURGUGGCAUUCAAGAAGCUGUUCAGCGGUGGCGGCCACGGUGGCUCGUCCAAGACCACGUACGAGAUCGUCAAGCAGCCGGUGAUGACGCACUCGCAUCAGUACGCCGCGCCCGGUGCCGCUGACACGUUCGGCAGCUACGACAACAGCGGGCCGUACGCCCGGAGCAUUGCCCAGCCGGACGUCGUGCCGUACCCGCAACUGGCCGCGUACAGGGCCCACGUCAGAGGAAUCGGCGGUGGAGGCGGUGGAGGCGGUGGAGGCGGCAGUUCCAUGGUGAUGUCGUCCGCGGCCUCGUCACCGUCCGCCGUGUCCGGAAGCGUGCAACACGAUUCGGGUCAGAGAGACGAAGCGCUCUGAAGACCGGACAYCCGGACCACUGCAAGCUCCUUGACCGACCCCAUCGCGGGUGACUCUCUACCACAGCCACCCACCUCACACUAUCAACUUCAUCAUGAGACAUAAUAUUAAAAUAAUAUUAUGAUAUUAUUUUUUUCGUAACGCAGUCACGGG